GUGCAGUGUAGGCCUGAGUCAUGGCUGGAGAAUAGGUACCCAGAGACUAUGCAGAGUGAUGAGUGCUCAUCUGGUCCUGAUAAGAGCAGGAAUUGUCUUUUGUUAUCAGUAGAGCCUGAGAACUCAAGACUACGUCUUUCUCAACUUAUUCGUGAAAGACUAUAUAAUUCCUAUGGAAGUGUCGUACAAUAUCUUAAUUUGUCUGAGUUGAAAAUUAGACUAGUAAAAACAAGGCUACUUUCCCCACUAGAAGCACACAACCGCAUCACUGAUGCUGAGAAACUUAUUGCAAGAGUGGAAGAGAUAGGCUUGUUAGCUUAUUUCAAUUUCUACCAGUGUGUAACCAAGGAGACAAACCACCUUGGCCAUAGAUAUGUUCAGGCCGUACUUGAGAACAAGGAAUACGCAUCUAAUCUGGAAGUGGAGCAUUCGGUGACACUUAAAGACAAGCUCCUUCGUAAUUUGCAACAAUUAACAUCAUGUGAUUUGCAAGCUCUGCUAAACCACAUGUACAGCAAGAAUCUUCUCACCUGUACGGAAUGGGAUAAGCUACAGAGUCAAGUGCACGGGGCAACCAAUGACCUACUAAUUCACAUAGCUGCUGUUCUGGACUCAAAAGGACCUCUUGCUCACAGUAUAUUUGCUGAGUGUCUCCACAGUGUUGAUUCUGAGGCAUACAAACUGGUCUUUGAGGAAGGUCAGCCACACGACUCACUUGAAGAACUAACACUAGAUAUGGCAGUUGUCCGUGUUUCAAGGCAGUUCCCUUCAAAGCUAAAACUACAUGGCUGUUUGAAGGGAAGCAGAUACAAUACAAUCAUGAAGAUGUUCCAGGAGUGCCACCACAAGAGUCAGUGGGUCAAGCUCGAAUUGGAAGUGGAGAAAUUGAUGAGACCUGGCACCCCAAAAGAAUUUCAGGUUGUUUCUCUUCUUGAAAGUGCUGUAAGUUGGGCGUUUCGAAGAAGGGAGAAGGAAGCAGUGGAUUCAGUAGCUCAAGCAAGGGAACUUGCUGCCCAACUUGAUGGAGAUAAUUCCACUAUUCUCAGUGGCAGGUGUGAGUACAUCUUGUCUCGGCUGUACAGAUACCUCCAGCAGUAUGAUAAGGCACAUGAACACAUACUCAAAUCUACACACUUCCUACAUAUGGUGGAGGAAGGCGAGGACACGGCAUUUCUACAUUUCUGCAAUGCUUGCAUUCAAAUCGAGACACUGACUGACCAUCCUACACAGAAACAACUUCGCUCCGUGAAUAUGUCCUACGAGCAUGCCAUUGACCAUGCCCGGGCUCAGGACUCUGGACUUGAUCUUGUUGCACUGCAUUCCUUUAUUAGGCUAGCACAGAUGUAUCUUGGGUCAACCCACUACAGGCCUGGCUCACAGAGGGAGGAAUGGAGUAUUUCCAAAGCCAGCAGCUGUCUGAAAGCAGUCAAACAGUACUCUAUGUCACCCCGAUCUCAGUGCCACUAUCUGCUCAUGGAGUCUGACCUGAAGCGCUGUCAAUGGGACAUUCCACAGGCUAGACUGGCAGCACAAACAGCAUUGGAGCUGGCUCAUACCUACAGCUUUACUACAGAGAAUGCUGUGGCAGAGAAAAGAAUUGACUCCCUGCAACAUGUCAGUUUCAAGUGCUGCGCACUGGACCCAAUCAGUCGGCAAUCAAGCUAAAGAAUGUUGCUCAGCCACAGUACUACCUUGCUGUUAUUGGAGGCUACCUUGUUGGAUACGGUCAAGGUGGAGUGGAUUGUGACUUUUACCCAACGGUGGCUCUAGAUCAACAUGUCAUCCUGGAGAGCUGCAUGAACCCAGGCUCACAUGUGGGGGUCUUGCCCUCUGGCCAGCUUACUGCCCCCGCCCAGACACCAAAACAGACUGAUGCAGCACAUUUCAAGAUUAAAUACAUUGGUACAGUCAAGUGUUGAAAACAACAGUUGGUCUGUGAACAGUACAGCAAGGGAAGCACACACUGUAAAUUCUCCAGAAUGUCAAACAUUUGUGUUUUGUAUGUGUGCUUCCUUUUUUUAAUACGUAGCUAUUGAUUGUUUUAUACCAGUAAAGUUUUGCUGUUUGAAUGUGCGUG